CGAGCGCGACCUUUGUGACGAAAUGGGGAAAUAUCUUUCGGAAAUACCCGUGACCAGAGAUGUAAAUUGUUACUGCGAUUACUUUUGAAGCAUGAAGAGGAAAGCGAAAGCUAUGGGUGCAUCUCAAAGCUGUGGUCCAGCCUCGGGCCGGAUCGUGUCUCCAAAAACAAAACCGUCAACCUCGUCUUCAAAUGAAGAUCUGUUCACUGUUCCCCUGGAGAUCCUGGAGGAGAUCUUCCUGAAUCUUCCUCCUGAUCAUGUGGUUUGUAUUUGUCGGCUGGUGUGCCGUCAGUGGAAAGAAGUGGCUGACAGUGAAUCUUUGUGGCACGAGAGAUGUAGAAGAGAAGGAUAUCGCCUACGUGAGGCUUCCAGAACACCUGCAGACUGGAGGUUGUUUUACUUCUUGUGCAAGAAGAGGAGAAAUCUUCUCAAGAAUCCUAGAGGAGAACAGAAAAUGAAGGGCUGGCAGAUAGUGGAGAAUGGUGGUGAUAUGUGGAAAGUAGAGAGACCUAUGGUGCCACAUCCAGACGAGACAGUCCAGAAAAACUUUGUGACCUCUUAUGUGAUGUGCAAGAAGGCCCAGCUGAUUGAUUUGGAGAAGGAAGGGUACAAACCAUCAUUUAUGGAUCACUUCCAGCCGAACAUCAGAAUAUCUGAUUGGUAUGCACCACGAUGGGACUGUGGCAGUGAGUAUGACAUCUGUGUGGAGCUGCUGAAUGAAAGAAAGAAGCCUAUCAAGACAUUUGCGCCUGAGACCGUUUUCUUUGAGCAGUGGAAUGAUCAGAAAUGGAAUCAGGUGACCCAUGUUUUCCAGAACUAUGGACCUGGAGUGAGAUACAUCCGUUUUACCCAUGGAGGCAAGGACACACAGUUCUGGGCAGGGUGGUAUGGAAUCCGUGUCACUGACAGCUGUGUUGAGAUAUGUCCAGCAGUGGACACAUAGCUCUUUGCAAUUCAUCUAAUGCCUGCUUCCUGCCUAUGCCUAAAAUUGCACAGUUAUAUUGGCCUUAUAUAAUCUACUGUCUUUUUACAUGUUAAAGGAAUGUCCCACCCUGAGAAAGCAUACAGUAUAUGUAGAUUAAAAUGUUUUGUGUCAUCUGGUCAUAGAAAUUAUGAGGGACAAGAAGCUACGUAUGGUGUCAAAGCAGCUCUUUGAAUGGUCUGUCCGUUUGAUGUUUGUUCUCUUCUCAAUGUUCAGUGAAGGAUGGUUUGAUAAUAGGAUUAUAUUAUUAUAUGAGGGCAUCUGUGGUUGUUGUGAUCUUCUCAACGAGAGAAAAGAAGUUGACUUUUCAGAUCAUAAGCGAUUCUGUCUCUAAUGCUAUUGUAAAACUGCGGCACCACAUAAACUGCCCACCAGCCAUACUGGAAAGAUUAUUUGCACUGCUCUGUAAUGUGUGCAAAUUUGUAAUAAAACCUUGUAUUCAUGGUG